AUGUUACGCGGAGCGAAACAUAUUUUAAAAAAGAAAAAUUUACAAAAAUCUGUAAAUAAUAACAGUAAUAAUUUUCGUAAACUUUCGCAAAAGACUACAAAUUUAAAAGAAUUUGGUAAUAAUGUUACUAUUGAAGAGACUAGUUUGAUUGUUAAAAGAUGCGUUGAACAGAUCCGACUGAGAGGAUUAAAUACCGUUAAUAUAUUUAAACCGAUGCGUAUUGGAGAUGGGGGAGAUGAAGUAAAAUACUUAUUGAAUUGUUUAUUGAACGAUAAUAUACCAGAAUUUGAAGAUGAAAUUCAAAGUCAAGAUAUCAAUAAUAUAGUAUCAGCAAUGAAAUGGGCUUUACGUCAUUGUAAAUGUAUAAUUAUUCCAUUUAAUAAUUACGAGUCUUUUAAUUUUUACGAACAAGAAAUGAAUUAUGAUGUUCGUAAGGGAUUAUUCACUAAUAACUUUUUAAAUUCUAUACCAAAAUUAAAUAGGGAAAUUAUUUUAGAAUUAUUUGAUAUUUGUAUACAAUUAAAUAGUAGUGUUCUUCCUUCCAAUUCGGAUAUUGAUAAUAAUCCUCUUAAAAUUAUAAAAUCUUUAGCAUUAUGUUUAAUUGGUUAUAAUGAUGACGAAAAGGAAAGGAAUUUUACUAGUUUUGAUGAUGCUUAUAGAGAAUGGAUUAAAUCUUCUAAUGCUUGUCAUGAAUAUCAAAAAGAAAUAAUUCAAACAGCGGACUUUCCUGAAUCCCCUACAAUAUCAAAUAAAAGUAGAAAACAUUUUAGAAAAAGAAGUUCGUUGAUAUAUUUUUCCGCGCCAUCAGAAAGACCAAUAAGUAUAUUAAGAGUAACGAGAACAGUACCACCAGGUAUUACCAAUAAUGGACGAAAAUCGAGAUGUCCAAGUAUAUUGUUACCUGAAAUGUUGGAUAAUUUAAAUAGACGAACUAUAGUUCGUACAAGUACAAUGAUGACAUUAGAAGAACAAAAUAUAGCGGAAAAAAUUUGGAAAGAAUUUCAAAGAAACGGUAUAGCUUCAUUAUCCGAUGAUUAUAUUAAAUUAUUCUUUUCGCUUGAUGAAAAGAUGAUUAAUGAAAAUUUACAUAAAAAUAUGGCUAUUACUCCCAUAGAAAAAAAUUGGAAGGAUUUCUCCAAAAAAGGGUUUAAAAGCUUUUAUUUAGAACCCCCUUUACCACCUAAAAAAAAGCAAGAUAAAAAUAAUGUAAGCCUACCAAAUAAUAAAAAUGAUAAUGGAAAAACGGGUGGAAAUGAACUCGAUAACGAAAUGAGACCUAAAACUAUUGCUUGGGAUGAUUUUACCACAAAAGGAUUUAGAGAUUCGUUAGAUAAUUUAUCUGAUGUACUUACCUUAGCUUCAUCAGUUAAAUCACCUUUAUUAAGAGAUAAUGAUCAUGAUUAUAAUAUUUCAAAUGUUAAAUCAACGACUACAACAACAGCGACACGUAAUGAUGGAAAGAAACAUAAAAUAAAAAGAGGAAUAAAUUUACGUUCAUUAAAGAAAAAAUCUUUUGAUUCAAAUAAUGAUUUUGAUUAUAAUGAACAUGAAGAAGAUUGGGAAGAUUGGUAUGUGAUAGAUCCCGCGCAAGAUUUUCAAGUCACAACGCAUUUAGCAAUUGAAACUAUCGAUGAAAUAUUUCCUUAUAUUUGGAUUGAAACAACUUCUGAUGAAGUGACCAAUCGUUGGGGUGAGUGGGUUUUCGUUGAACCAAGACAAGAUUUAAUAAAUCAUGAAUGUGAAUGGAUAAUGAUUGAAGAAAAAGAGCAAAUUUUAAAUAUUUGGGAUGAUUCAAAAGUUCGUGGUCGUGGUAAAUUAAGAAGAAAGUCUAAUGCUUUUAGUACUUUUAGUUUACCUUGGGUAAGAGCAAAAUCGAAUAAUAAUAAUAAAAGAGAGGACAAAACAGAUAGUAAACUUACUAGAUCUUCUAGUUUACCUCGUCAUUCUGGUUCUUUUGAUAAUAGUGAUGUAGAAGGUCAUAAUGCAAGACGUAAACGUAUUUCUACAAAAGACAUUAGUGCUCCUAUACCCAUAGAUUACACCGAAGAAAUGUCAAGAAGAUUAACAAGUCAGGGUUAUGAUUCUGAGACAGGAAUGAUGGAAAUGGGUUAUACAAAUGAGAAUAAAUACAACCAUAGACUCACUCAGACAUCUCAUAUAAUGCCUACACAGUAUGAAACUGUUGCUGAAUAUGAUGAAGAAUAUGAAAAUUAUGCUGAGGGUUAUGGGGGUGAUAGAAAUGGUGAUGAAUAUGCGGAAGAAAAUGAUUAUUAUGAUGAAUACGAUGAGACCGCUGAUAGAAAUUCGAUGGGGGAAAAUUAUUAUGAUGAGAAUACAGAUUAUAUUGAACAUCUUGAUCAGUAUGAUGAGACGAGGAAUGAACAUACAGGAGAAGGUUAUCAUGAUGAUGAUUAUACAACAAAUACUCAAUAUGGUUACCUAUAG